AUGGCGCCUGGACCUCGUGGCGCUGCUGCGCGCGGCUCUGCGCGUGGGCGUGGGCGCGGGCGCGGACGGGACCGCGGACGUGCGCGUGGUGCGCCACCCGUGUCGGCGCCUGCGCCAGCGGUGUCGACGCCGGCGCCCACCUCGGAGGCGCAGGCUACCGCGGACGGUCCGGCGCCCGCGGAGCCGGACAUCUGCUUUAUCUGUGCGGAGCCGGUGCGCAUGUACAGUGUGCCGCCGUGCAACCACCGCGUGUGCCAUAUCUGCUCGAUGCGCCUGCGUGCGCUGUGGAAGCGGCGCGAGUGCACCUUCUGCAAGGCGGAGGCGACGCGCGUGAUUUUUACGGCGCACCCGACCAAGGGCUUUGGCGAAUUCACGGCCGACGAGCUGCCUUUUGUCGACGAGAAGCUGGCCAUCUACUUCGAGACGGAGCAGGACUACAACGAUACCAUCUCGCUGCUGCACUUCCGCUGCCCGCACCCCCAGUGCGACACGCUGUGCAGUGGGUGGGCGGACCUCAAGGCCCACGCCAAGCGCGAGCACGCGCGCCUGCUGUGCGAUCUGUGCGUGCAGCACAAGAAGAUCUUUGCGCACGAGCACACGCUGUUCACGGCAUCGUCGCUGCAGGCACACCUGGCCGCCGAGCACCGGCACUGCGAGUACUGCCGGCAGCACUAUUACAGCGACGACGAGCUGUGGGUGCACAUGCGCGAUCGGCACGAGCAGUGCCACAUCUGCAAGAACCGCAGCGAGGACGAGCGCUGGCGCUACUACAAGGACUACCGCAUGCUCGAGCAGCACUUCCACGACGCGCACUACCUGUGCCCCGCCAAAGAGUGCCUCGAGCGCAAGUUUGUCGUGUUUGAGAACCAGAUGGAGUUCCAGGUGCACCAGCUCGAGGAGCACGGGCGUGCCCUCUCGUCGCGUGAGCGCAAAGAGGCGCUCCGCGUCGAUCCCCGCUUCAUGUACGACGACGCGUCCAGCCGCCGGGCGCGCGGAGCACGCGACACGGAGGCCUCGGGCACGAACGCGCGCCGCGCGCAGUUCGGCCGCGCGCUGACCCACGCCGCGCCUGACGAGGCGUGGGACGCUGUGCUGGCCGUCCUGCACUCGCCCAUCAAGCUGACCGCGUGCCAGGCCGCCCUGCAGGCCUACCGCACGGGCGAGACGACCGUCCACGACCUGCUGCGCACCGUGCAGACCCUCGUGGACGAGGGCGACCAGGCCGCGGCCGUCGUCCAGCGCCUCGGCGACAUUCUCGGCGCGGGCGAGAAGCGCGAGGCGCUGCAGCGCACUUGGGCCGCGGCCCAGGCGCGCACGUCGUUCCCAAGCCUGCCCGCGCCGCAAGCCGCGGCCCCGGCGCAGCGCACCGCGAGUGUGGCGCCGCGCAACGCCGCGCACUUCCCGAGCCUCGCCGCCGCGCAUGCCGCGCGCGUGCCUGGCUCGGCACCCCACGCAGCGUCCUCGCUGCAGCGCGUGCAGGGCUCGAGCUCGUGGGGCGCCGCGGCGCCUCCCGCCUCGUCCCUCGCGGCGUUCCCGGCGCUGGGCGAGCCUCGGCCCAGCGUGCCACACUCGGUCGCGGCGUCGCGCGGCGCGGGCAGUUCGCGCGCAGUGCUUCACGCGAACCAGUUUCCCAGCCUGCCGACGAAUCAGGGGCACGCCGAGCGCCAGGCACAGAAGCGCGAGCUGCUCGGUACGCGCGCGCGUUCCCACCCGCUCGUGCCGGCGCCGCCGCCCCCGAGGUGGGGCGCGCCAAGCACACCGGACGACGAUGCGUUCCCGUCGCUGCGCGAGGUCACCGGCGCCCUGCCGCCCGCGCCGGCUCUGGCAAGCAGCGGCGGCGCAAGGCCGUCCUGCUCUCGUCGGUAA